CAUGCAAUUUUCCUUCAGCAUCCAGCCUUCUGGAAAAGCCUCUUCCCUUCAUAAAAGGGAAAAGAAGUGCUAGCCAGAAUAACUUUCAAAAGAAGAGGAGGAAUCACACGCAGAGAGACAUGUUUAUCUAAGCUCAAGUGAUAAAAAGUCAUUAACUGAGGCUGGAGCAACCACUGAGCUUGGAGCAGCCACUACGUACGCUAGAAGACCAUGAAGCAGGAAGUGGACCAUUCUUUGGCAUUUACUUGGACAUGUCUGGUCCCAGUACCACAGUAGGAGAGUAUCAUUCCUUUAAAAAAUGUUCAGUAAAGUAUGUAAAUAGCUCUGCUUGCUGCCUGCUGUCUAUUCCAAAAUGCUACCUUGGAGUUUUGACACAUCAGGUACAGAACAGCUAUACUAUGGAUAUCCUGAAGAUGCUUCAGAAAAUGAUUUUUGGUUUGUUCCAGUUUAUGAAUGGAAGUGGAUCAUAAGGACUACGGGCUGUCAGAUUGGCAGGUUGGAAAGUUGGCAACUUUCCUUUCUGUUGGCACCACCAUCCCUCACUGGGUAGGGGUGCAGAAAGACAUAGUUGCUGCCAUUGUCUGCUGCAGGCUGGUUUCUUUGCAGACCUAAAUGGGCAACUUGCUCACACCUGGGUGUGUAAUGCUGCUCUGGAGGAGGUCAGUGAGUGUGCUUUCACUCAGGUGCUCUUCUUUCCUUUCUUUCGUCCUGUGAGGCCACGCACAUAAAUUUUUAAUUUAUGUAUUAAAGGAGAGAGGUGUGUAACAGCAGGUAGUGUGGCAGGAGACACCUUUGGCCCUGAUGCAACCACUCUGCAUUCUGUGAAAGAACCUAUUUCUUCUGUUUGGAAACAUAUUACUCCAAAUCAUUUCUAUGUAAGACUGAAUUUUGUGCUUACUGAUAUUACUGAUAUAGUCAACAUUUUAGAGGAAUUGGAAUUUUUUGCUUGCUUUUUAAUUUUUUUCCUUUCUCUUCCCAGUAGGGGAAGACUCCUCUGUGUUGCAAAUCUUUCAUUUCUAAUUGCUGUGCUGAUUAGGCCUGUAUUCUGUGGGGCAUUUUAUUUCAGCACUCUGAGAUUGUAUUUCUUAAUCUUUACAUAGUAAAUAAAAUGUGUCCUAAUCAAAACCGCUUAUCCCUGUUUAAAAUAUACAUAUGGGAGAUAUAUAUAUAUAUAUAAAUAUAUAUGUGUGUUGCAUGGUUCCAAAACAUAAAGGAAGUAUGGUUCUUUAACUGGUUCAGGAAACACUAAUUUUGUACGGUAGGUGGUGUGAUUGUAUUUUGUGACUAUUUGAGCCCAUGGAGUAAAGAAUCUCCUUUUUCUCAAUUGGAGAAUUACCCCUACCCUUGAAACACACACUCUGAUGAGAAAAGGUUGGCAUUGUGAGCUGACUGAUGGGUAAAGGGAAGGACAAUUAUUUUGAUGUGAGUUAAAAGUGUGGGACAGCCUGUGCACUACUUUGAAGAUCAUGCACCAGCUCUUUGUGGCUUCCCCCACCUUUUUUUUUUUUGUGGCAGUUUAACAACCAUCACUUAAUGCUGCUGGAGGUGUUUUGUCCUUGGCAAAUGAUUUGCAAAUCCUUCGCUGCCACUUGUUGAUCAUUUUGAAUUGAGAGCAGAUUAAUGACUGUUGCUCUACUGGCAGUCUUGGCCUCUUAGUAAGAGCUGUCCAGCUUUCUGUGCCUAUCUAAAGAUUCUGUGCUCAGUGACUCCGAAGGUAUGAAUCUAGGUAGUGGGCAAAUGUCUAAAUAUAGCACUACUAAUGUCUAGCUUUCUUCUUUUCAGUCACCAGAAGAAAUUGGUGGAUAGAUUUCCAUGUGUGUAGAGUAUGGACCGAGAUAAGUCUAUGUUGGCAUCUGCUUCAGUAUUAAUUUCUGACACCUCCCUGGUACUUUCAGAAGAGGAGAAAUUCUUUUUAUGAAAAGGGUAAUAAAUGCAGGGAAGAGCACACACAAUGAAGAUCAAGCCAGCUGUGAUGUCCUCUUUGUCAAGAAAAAAGCUGGAGGCAGUAAUUCUACACCAAACAAGAACUCUUCAACAAAACGGAGGUCAUCGCUGCCCAAUGGAGAAGGUCUCCAGCUGAAAGACAAUUCAGACACAGAUGGGAUCAACCUGUGCUACUGGUCCCUCUUUGAUGGACACGCUGGGUCAGGGGCAGCUGUGGUUGCUUCCAAACUGCUGCAGCACCAUAUUCUGGAGCAGCUGCAGGAGAUUGUGGACAUCCUGAGAAACACAGCCAUUCUCCCACCCACCUGCCUGGGAGAGGAGCCUGACAACCCAUCUACCAACAGCAGGACACUGACACGGGCGGCCUCCCUGCGCGGUGGUGUGGGAGCCCCAGGCUCGCCUAGCACGCCUCCAACACGCUUCUUCACUGAGAAGAAGAUCCCACAUGAGUGCCUGGUUAUUGGGGCCAUAGAAAGUGCAUUCAAGGAAAUGGAUUUGCAAAUAGAGCGAGAGAGAACUGUGUAUAAUAUUUCUGGUGGCUGCACAGCCCUGGUCGUGGUGUAUUUAUUGGGGAAGCUUUAUGUGGCAAACGCUGGUGAUAGCAGAGCUAUAAUAAUCCGAAAUGGCGAAGUCAUUCCAAUGUCUUCAGAAUUCACUCCAGAGACUGAACGCCAGCGACUUCAGUAUCUGGCUUACAUGCAGCCUCACUUGCUGGGAAAUGAAUUCACACAUUUAGAGUUUCCACGGAGGGUGCAGCGCAAGGAAGUUGGAAAGAGGAUGCUGUACCGUGACUUCAACAUGACUGGCUGGGCAUACAAAACCAUUGAGGAAGAUGACUUGAAGUUUCCUCUUAUAUAUGGAGAAGGCAAGAAGGCUCGGGUUAUGGCAACAAUUGGAGUGACCCGAGGACUGGGAGACCAUGACCUGAAAGUGCACGACUCCAAUAUAUACAUCAAACCUUUCCUGUCUUCAUCUCCUGAGGUGCGAGUCUAUGACCUCCUGCAGUAUGAGCAUGGGCCAGAUGACGUUCUGAUCCUAGCUACUGACGGGCUCUGGGAUGUGCUGUUAAAUGAAGAAGUGGCAGAAGCUGUCACUAACUUUCUACCAAACUGUGACCCUGAUGAUCCCCACAGGUACACACUGGUGGCGCAGGACCUGGUGAUGCGAGCCAGGGGAGUGCUGAAGGACCGGGGCUGGCGGAUAUCCAACGACAGGCUGGGUUCUGGAGACGACAUCUCUGUCUACGUCAUCCCUUUGAUACACGGGAACAAACAGUUGUGAAAGGAGCACCAAGAGUGGUUAUAGGAUGGGGAUUUUUUGGGGAAGGGCCUGUAAGAGACUAUAGGUUUUUGGUGGUCUGACCAGGACACUUCCAAUUGAUGUAAUCUAGUCUAAACUAAUGCUGGAGGGGUAUUUUUCUGCCCAAAAGGGCUCUGCACAUAUACUGUAUAUGAUUAAAGAUAACCCUUAAGAUUCCAAUUUCCCUUCAGAAAUGGUUUUGGUGCUUAACAGGAAUGGGAUUUAAAUGCUGCUA